CCUUUACCUACUUCAGGGGCCACCUACUGACUAGCUGCUCCAGCUUUCAGUGCACUGCAAAUGCACACAGUCACACACCGGUCCCUCAUGCACACCACAGACACAAGCAUUCCAGGGCAUAGCAGCAUGGACCCACUACCCGAGACCCCCACCCCUUGCUGUCCAGCCCAGAUUAAAGUCUGUGGGUGAAUGCCCACACAUGGUCCUCCCCCACCCAGUGCCGUGCCUCCAGUGCCGUUCCCUCAGGGCUCGGUAACGGCCGCACCCCCCUGCACACCGCUCCCCACCCAGCCCGAGAAGCACCCAAAGGUGCCGCCACUUCUGCGCAUGCACAGGCGGAACUUGGGAGGCACAGAGGUUGUGGGGGCAGCACCGUGGUGAACUGGGGCAUCAAGAGGCAGUAUGGAGAAAAUCAUGGCACAUCUCCUGCGGGAAACCCUUGAAGAGCUAGGGAGAUACGCCUUCCCGAGAUUCAAGAGGGAACUCAGUAAAAUCCAGCCCGAGGAGCAGUAUGAGCGCAUCGAACUGGAGAGCCUGAUGGGGCUGUCACGAGCAGCCCUCGCCGAGCUGCUGUGCAGCCACUACGGACAGCCCUAUUGUGUGAAGGUUACAGUCAGAGUGCUGAAGGCCAUGGGAAGGAGCACCCUGGCAUAUGCACUCCUGCGCAGGCUGACCGAUGGGGCAAAUUUUGUCGAGCGCUACAAAAAAAUUGUGAUCCAGCAAUCCUCUAAUGUGGCUAAUGUCAUCAUGGCUCUCCUCCAUGAACAUGUACUGACCUCUGAGCAGUCUGACAGCAUCAUGUCAGAAAGAACCAACCAGAAGAGAAUGCAGAAGCUCUAUGAACUAGUGCCAACGUGGGAUGUCACAAAGAAAUAUUGCCUGUAUAAGGUUCUAUGUGCAACAAAUCCAAUUCUCACUUUAGCAUAUACAGCUGUCCAGGCACAGGGUAGCAUCAUAUUAAAGGAUCCCUGGGAAGACAUUUUCUAUCCUCAAGGUCCCCAGAAACACACUAUAGAACUUCAAGGUCCCCGGGCACAGUCUGGCUUUAGUAAUCAGGGUGGUCUCUGGGCAAAGUCUGGCCUUAGUAAUCAGGGCGGUCCGCCGGCACGGUCUGUCUAUAUAGUUGCAGAUGAUCCCUGGGAAGACAUUUUCUAUCCUCAAGGUCCCCAGAAAAACACUGCAGAACUUCAAUCUCCCCAGUAUCCGUCUGAACCUGUACGUCAGGGCGGUCCCCGGGCACAGUCUUUCAUUAAAUUUCACGGUGCUACAGCUGGGGACUUGCCCUCUAAAAAGACAGACUGGUCGGACGAGGGCAGCAGCGUCCAUGGGGCAGCAGUGUCCAUGUUACCACUCUUUGGAGACAUUGAUAAGAGCACCAGUCCCAGUUCGGGCAGCAACACACGUUCAGGUGCCAUCUGCAUGUCAUGUCGCGCUGAAGAGGACUGGGCAGAAGAAGUGAAGCCAGAGAUUAUUGGGGACAAACGAGGGAAGAAGGAGAUAUACAGAGCUCAUUUUCCUCGGGCUGGUCUGUUCCGCUGUGUCGAGACGGACCUUGAGUUCCUGGUGAGGACGGCCACCAGCAUUGAGUACAAGUACUCCUUCUGGGAGCGUCACCUGGCUUCGGGGAUCCCCCCUGUAUGGAUGGAGGUUGGCCCCGUGUUCGACAUCCAUGCCCCACCAGGCACUGUAAAGGCCAUUUAUAUCCCACACUUCCUGUGUCUUGGAGAGUGGAAGCAAAACACUUUCAGGAUCCAAAUUGCCCAUGUUGUUGAUGGGAACCUACUCCUGGAGAAGCCUACAAGGGUGAAGCCAUUCCAUGCUGUGCUGCAGGACCCCAGCUUUUCCCCCAUGGCUGUCAUAGUGCUUUCUGACAUAUUGCCAUUCAUCCCCGUCCAUUCCCUCGUACUCCUCUAUCAGGUCUUAAGUGCUGCAGACAUCACCUUUCACCUCUACCUAAUCCCCAACCAUCGUGGCCUGGAAAAGGCAGUGGAUGAGGAUGAGAAGAGAAAUGGACAUUCGGUCUUGGUGCACAAACCUCCCAACACCAUCCUGAGAUUUAACAGGUGGUAUCGUGUAUCCAGUUCUUCAAGGGCAGAGAUAAACCCCAAAAAGCUGAAAUUCACCUACCUGUCAUUGGACAGACGUCAGCUCUUCACUGAGAUCUACACCAAGGACAUGGAGGAAGGAAUGCAGCUCACCUUGACAAAGGCGGACCAGGAGGGCAAAAGGGACUGCGAGCCACUCUGGGACACCUUCCUUAGAGCAGGUGACAUCAAGCAAGCCACCUCUUCCACUCCAACAUGCUCAGAUCCCUCACUCUUGGAGCGUGAGCCAUCCUCUGCUCUCCAGGUCAGACAUAAAGCCUGUGCACCAGGACAGCAUUUUGUGGAGAAACACCGAGAGCAGCUGAUCCAGCGUGUGACAUCAGUCGACAGCAUUCUGGAUCGGCUCUACAUGCGUGUUCUGAAUGAUGAGCAGUACAACCACAUCCGAGCAAACAGCAUCAGGCAGGAGAAAAUGCGCCUCCUCUACGACUUCAUGUCCAGCUGGGACACCAAAUGCAAGGACCUGUUCCUUCGUGUGCUGGAGGAAACCAAUCCCCACCUCAUCCAAGACCUCAAGGAUCGUGAGGGCCAACCUGAGGAUGAUGGUGGUUCCAAGUGAACACAGGACUUUGAGGACUCAGGGAGGGUGAGAGAUGGGGAGCCCCAGGAUGGGAUCUAAGGACUCAGGGGAGCCUGCACUACAGUCUCAGGAGGAGCCAGCAGCCAGCGCUGCUGAGGGGGACUGAUGAAGUAGUAUGAUAACCCUUCCUGUGCACUGCACCACGUGGGGAAAAAGCUGGCCCCAGAGCCAGCAGGUGUGAAAAGAAACAAA